AUAGUACGAAUAGAAGCCGAAGCAUUGGGCGAGACUACUUCUUCUUCUUCGCCUCCCACUCUCCACUAUUCCUUUCACACGCGCACGCAGAGGUCCGAAAAGGCAUAAGAAUCCCUCUUUUUUGGUAGCCCCUUCCUCCGAGUGAUUGAUUUCUCUAUUUAGAUCACGUCGACGUGAUCUGAAUAGCGAGAAUUCGGACCCAAUUUGAUGCCCGCCCCCGAAGCGGUUGAUCCGGCGAUUCCGUCGAAUCGGAACGGUGAUCGAGAGAGUCCGAUGAAAGGCCCUGUUUCUUGUGGUCGUCGUUGAGCAGAUUCGGGUCUUCCGCGACAUGGGUUGCUUUCCGUGCUUCGAAUCGAAGGAGGGAGCGCAGCUCGGCCGCGGGAACGAGAGCGAUCGCAAGAGGGAGGAGCAGCCCAUGGUGGCGCCUCGCGUCGAGAAGUUAUCCUUGGGGAAUGAUGAUAGAAAGAGGACACCCAACAGUUUGAACACACAAAAGGAAUCCUUGGGCGAGAAAAGGGGGGCUGAAUUUUCUAUUUCGGCACAGACUUUCACCUUCCGAGAGCUUGCUGUUGCAACUGGUAACUUUAGAUCCGAGUGUUUUCUCGGGGAAGGAGGAUUUGGGCGGGUCUACAGAGGGCGCCUGGAAAGUACUGGUCAGGUUGUGGCAGUAAAACAGCUUGAUAGGGAUGGGCUCCAAGGAAAUAGGGAGUUCCUGGUUGAGGUCCUCAUGCUUAGCCUGUUGCAUCAUCCCAACCUUGUGAAUCUAAUUGGUUAUUGCGCUGAUGGAGAGCAACGCCUUCUUGUGUAUGAGUUCAUGCCCUUGGGAUCGUUGGAAGAUCAUUUGCAUGACCUUCCACCUGAUAAGAGUCCACUUGACUGGAAUACAAGGAUGAAAAUUGCAGCCGGGGCCGCCAAGGGGUUGGAAUACCUCCACGAUAAAGCCAAUCCUCCAGUUAUCUAUAGGGACUUAAAAGCCUCCAAUAUACUACUAGAUAAGGGCUUUCACCCGAAGCUCUCAGAUUUUGGCCUUGCAAAACUUGGUCCAGUUGGUGAUAAAUCUCAUGUCUCGACAAGGGUGAUGGGAACUUAUGGAUAUUGUGCUCCAGAGUAUGCUUUGACUGGACAAUUAACAGUUAAGUCUGAUGUAUAUAGCUUUGGAGUUGUACUAUUGGAGUUGAUCACUGGACGGAAGGCCAUUGACAGUACCAAGACGCAUGCAGAGCAAAAUCUUGUUUCAUGGGUUCGUCCUAUGUUUAAGGAGCGAAGGAAACUCCCAGGUCUGGCUGACCCAAAAUUACAGGGUCGAUUUCCCAUGCGUGGACUCUAUCAAGCUCUCGCUGUGGCAUCCAUGUGCAUCCAAGAAGAAGCUGCAUCGCGUCCUGUUAUCGCUGAUGUUGUCACUGCUCUGUCCUACUUGGCAUCCCAAGCAUAUGAUCCUGGUGCAGCGUCUGCAGUUAACACUAGACCUAGUGGUGAAAGAACCAGCAGGAGUGGCGGUGAGGAAGGUGCAAAAUUGACAGUUAGGGUCAAUAAUAUAGACCCUGGGCAUAUGCAGCAAAUGAUUUCCGAGGACUCUUCAAAGGAGACAGUAGCAAUCCUGAGACACAAUUUUGACCGGGAGCGAGCUUUGGCAGAGGCAAAGAUGUGGGGGCAGAACUGGCGGGAGAAGACACAAGCUAAAGCUAAUGUAGAGGGAAGUUUUGAUGUUGCAAAUGCAAUUGGAUAGACACAUUGGCAGAAAGCUUUCUCUUCCCAUUUUUAUGUGCAUAAGAGAGUUGGAGCUGUGAAAAAUGCUGCAGGAGUUUUUCUGUUUCUGUCUUCUAAAAUGCAAGGAUAAUUAAUGGGGAAUAUGGCUGUAUAUUGUUUGAGGCAUGUAGGUGUUGUGAGUGGUAACUAGGGACCUGAUGUGCUUCUUGUAAAAUAAAGCAAAAAGUUUGUAUUUUAUGAGGUAGAAGAAAGCUAUAUCAUGUUCUCCAUCCUGAACUUGAAAUCAAUCACUUAGUUCAAGUUGAUGGGAUUUAUUUUAUGAUGAACUUCUGA